AUGGCAACCAGUGGGAGUAUUUAUAUAACUCCAGUCAGCAUAGACGAAUUGGAUGACGUCAGUACCGCGGAACUAUCAGCUGAUCAACAGUUUCUGCAAAAGGCCAUGCAAAUCCUGUUCACUGAGGGCGUGAUCAAGGCAGGCGACAGACGCACAAAAGUUGUGGAAUAUUUGGAUCCGCACGUGUUAAAGGAAACAUUUGAUUUGGAAAUCAAAGAAAAGGGCGUUGGUACAGAUAAACUGCUACAGUUAUUGAAAGAUACUCUGAAAUACAGUGUACGCUCUGCAAAUCCUCGUUUUUUCAAUCAACUGUACGCUGGACAGGAUGCAUAUGGUUUAGUGGGACAGUGGAUGACAGAUACCAUCAAUGCGAGCAUGUCCAAUUAUGAAAUAUCACCUGUGUUUAAUUUAAUGGAGGUUGAAAUUUUGAAAAUAUUGAGUGAUAUUGUUGGAUAUGAAAAGAGUGAUGGUAUUUUUUGUCCGGGAGGUUCCAUAGCCAAUAUGUACGGCAUAAGUAUGGCAAGAUAUCACAAAUACGGAGAGGCAAUAAAGACUGACGGUCUGAGUGGUUUACCCAGACUUAUUCUAUUCACUUCCAAGCAUGCACAUUAUUCUAUUUCAAAGGGAGCAGCCUUCAUGGGAUUUGGUACCAAAAAUGUAUAUACUGUAGAAGUAGAUGAAAGGGGUAGAAUGAUUCCGGAAGACUUGGAAAAGCAAAUUGAAUUAGCUAAACAACAGGGCCACGUUCCAUUGUUUGUCAGUGCUACGUGUGGUACUACAGUUUACGGAGCAUAUGACCCUGUUGAUGCCAUCGCUGAUCUUUGUGAAAAACAUGAUAUUUGGCUUCAUGUUGAUGCAUGUUGGGGAGCAUCUGCCCUGAUGUCACAGAAAUGGCGCCAUCUUCUCCAUGGAGUGAAUCGCUCUAAUUCAGUGGCGUGGUGUCCACAUAAAAUGAUGGGAGUUCCGUUUCAGUGUUCAGCAUUCUUAGUGAGAGACCACAUUGCAUUAAUGCACAAUGUUCAUUGCUCAGGUGCCACAUAUCUUUUUCAACAAGAUAAAUUCUACGACUUAUCCUACGACACUGGAGACAAAGUUAUACAAAGUGCUCGUAAAGUAGAUGCAUUCAAGUUGUGGCUCAUGUUUAAGGCUAAAGGAUAUAUCGGAUUUGAGCAAGAGAUCAAUAUCAAAUUUGCUAAUUCGAGACAUUUGGCCAAGACUAUUGAAGAAAGAGAAGGAUUUCAGCUUGUUGUAGAACCUACUUGUACCAAUGUUUGUUUCUGGUAUAUACCUCCAUGCCUUAGAAAUAUGAAUAAAGACUCCAAUGAAUUCAAUACAUUGCUAGGAAAGGUGGCGCCUAUUGUCAAGGAGAGAAUGCUGAAAGGAGGUACACUUAUGAUAGGAUACCAACCAUUAGAUGACAAACCUAAUUUCUUUCGUCAAAUUUUUAGUAAUGCAAAGACGACCUUCCAAGACGUAGAAUUCAUUGUAGAUGAAAUAGAUCGCCUUGGUGACGACAUCACAAUAUCUGACUUGGGAAAGAAUAAAUAA